GCGUUUGGAAAGUUCGAAUAUUUUAUUGUCAAAUAAUUGUUGAAUUGUGUAGUCUGAAUGUUAAUUUAUUUAAUAUUGAAUCAUUUUAGCUAAGCUUUUUGUGACAAAUAAUUUGCUUAAUAACUGUAAAAUGCGUAGAUAAACUGGCAUUUAAGUGUAUUUUAUACGAAAAUGAGUAAUAAUCUAGAAAAUGAUCGUUCAAUCACAACUGGAAAAAUGUAUCCAAUCGACUUAGCUCCACAAAAAAUUACGAUAGUAAAGAGUAUUUCUAAUGCGGAUGUUAAAAUGGCUCAUCUAAUACCAGGCCAAUCGAAGUCUUCUGGUUCAAAUCAAAUUAUUACACAUACAAACGCUGGUUCCGUGGGUCUAAUGCGUACAGCUACUGCAGCUCAAAUAAUAUCUUCAGGCGUAGCUUCACAGGGAACUCAGAUUGUAUCACAAGGCAAUCAGUUAAUAGGACAAAAUACGCAAAUUUUGACACAAUCCCAACUUAUAUCAAGCAGUCAAUUGCUAAGUCCUGGUACACAAAUAAUUAGUCAAGGAACUCAACUAUCUGCACAGGUUUCCAAUACUAGUAAUCAUGGUAAUAAUACUCAAGUGAGUGUCACAUCAACAGUCAGCGGAAACCCAGUAUUGAAUGUUGGGGGCCAACUUGUCAGUGGUGCAGGAAAUUUAGUUGUUAGUUCUACAGUGAGGACCCUUCCACCCAGUGUGAGAGUACUUCCACCGAUUCCACACCAUAACCCAAGACCAGUUCUCACAAGUGUUAACGUAAGCAGUGCAAGCGGUGUGCUGGUCAGCAAAAGUGUUACAAGUCAUGUUCCACGGGGCCUGGCAGCUGGUGCCUCAUUAGCUGUUCGUCCUGUAGCUGCAUCAACACAGCCCAAUGUGAACCAAGGGAAUAACGCUUGGUCUGGAAGCAAUCGGGGUCGUGGUGCCUUAGUGUAUGGCUCUAGAGGUAUGGGCCGCGGGGCUCCGCCGCGACAACCGUCGCCUGCGCCUUCACCUUCCCACACUACAGCCACACAAAUCUCACAGCCACCUCACUCAGCUAUUGUGACUUUACCCAGCUCUACUGUUCUCACAUCCAGUGGAGUUAUAUCAAGCACAGUGCGCGGUGGUGUGGUUGGAGUGGCCAGUGGUCCCUCAACUAGACCUAAAACUCCGACACCGCCUCCUGCGACAGCUAGACCUGGUUAA